AAGCGUCUCAACAAUCCCUUCCAGAUCACACCAUCUACAGUUCCCACACGCACUCAUUACCUGCAUGGUAUCUCAAAGCCAAAUCGCGACGCGUCGCUCCAAUAGGCUAGUCUGCCAGCAUUGCUAGGAUGGAAAUGCUGCUUUGAAAUCUGUCUGGCCAACUGAGUAUCUGAAGUGAUCUUUGCACUUGAAUGAGCGUUCCUCAUGGAGCAAGACGAAGGAUCUUCCCCGGUCGCGGGAACGCCAGGGUCGAGAGCGAAGGCUCGUUCAGACCAAUUGAUGAAACGCGUGUCAAGAGCUUGCUUGCACUGCAGGCAGCGUAAAUCAAAAUGUGAUCUAGACAGCAGUGGCAGUCCUGGUGUGCCGCCCUGCCGGCGUUGUAUUCGCGAUAAUCGCGAGUGUGUACUGGGAAGCUCCAACCGAGGCGGACGCCGCAUUCGCAAAAACAAAAUGCAGAAUUUCACCCCGGACAGUAUAACAUCAGGCCGGAGACACUCUGUCAUAGAAGCAGCAAGUCCCUCCAAUCCAGAGAACCACCAGGCAACGGUUUCGGGAUCGUACCCUGGUCCGCUCAUGUUUGUUCCCCCAGACCCACCAACAGCGACUUCAAUCUCCGUGGACGAUGAAGACACGGCUUCGAUCGGCUCCGUACCUCGGAAUCCCUCUGACGCAUGGCAGUGUUUGACUGGCAUUGCGAAAAGAGGCGCGGAUGGCCCCAGUCCGGAGUUCAGAGCCGAAUCUCUUCGUACAAGCUCGAAUGGCUUCACGGGAUUCAGUGCACUCCAGAACGGCUCUGUGAGUGACUUUCAGCCAACAGAUGGCAUCAAAGCAUACCGUCUUGUACAAUCACGAUCUCUAGAUACAGGAACAGUAUGGCAGCUAGUCCUUCGAUAUGCCGAGCACUUCCACCCGUACCUCCCAUUGGUUCCACGGAAAUACUUUGAGCGAAGCGCACUGGAUACGUUCGCCAACAAUGAGAAGCAUCUCCUCACCGCGGUCCUGACUAUUGCAUCCAAGGACUUGGUAGAGCGACCGGAGAUCCACGAGUACUGUUCUAAGUACAUGCACGAAUUGAUAUCUGGGAUUGCCGCCGGCGCUGACUGCGACGUGGAGGCUGUAGAAGCGUUACUUCUUCUAGCAGAAUGGGAACCCCAAGGCCUCCGACCCCGGAUAGAGAAAGUUGGCCGUGGAGAGGAGGACCGGGCUGCUUGGAUGCAUGUUGGUCUUGCUCUGCGAUCUGGCUAUUUCCUCGGGCUGGACCGAACAUCAUUUCGAGGGGACUCAUCCGGGGACACAGAGACGGAGGCUCGGAGGCGAUUAGCAUGGACCAGUUGCUAUGUGUCAGAUCGAUUAAUUUCUGUCCGCAUCGGACGAGCUUUCUGGUCCCGAGGACCGGGGCCAAUGACCGGUCUCGUCAGCCAGGAUUUCCCGUCGCUUCAACCAGUUAACGAAGGUGAUGAGGACUAUGCAAGGAUCUUCCAGGCCACACUGGACCUUACUCAACUCUAUAACAAUGUACAUGAUGUGCUAUAUUCCGGGAUGCGAACGAGCAACCAGAUGAUGCUCAUGGGCGACUACGUGAAGUACGUUGACGACUUUCGACUUGCAAUCCUGCGAUGGAAAUCUCGUUGGGGCUCUUUACCGUGCUCUACGCCGAUGAAGGUCACACUGCAGCUGUCUUACGAAUACUUGAGACUUUACACCAACGCCUUUGCUUUUCAGGCAGCUAUUUCUCAAUCCUUGGUCUCCAAGUUGAAGAACGACGACCAGUCCCAAAGAGAGUACUUGCGGGCAACCUUUAACAACGUAGCUUCGAUGCAGGAUGCUCGAUUUAUUUACGAGUCAGUGGAUGCUGCCAAAGCUUACCUGACUAUACUUGUCGACGUGGUCCACCCGGAGAAACAUCUCCACUUCAUGCCGCUGCGAUUCUACCUAUAUGGGAUCUAUGCUGCGGUGUUUCUGUACAAGGCCCGCUCGUUCGGUGUCAUGAUGUUCUCCGAAGAGAUGAAGGUGCGAGAUCUUGUCACUCGGACAACGCAAGUUUUGAGGCGAGCCAGUGCCGGGCCUGACGAUAUUGGGUCACGGUAUUCGCGGCUUCUCGAGCUCUUAUGGCAACAAAAAUCGAUUCCAGCUGCUUCGCCAGCAGGAACGCACCAAGAAAGUGAGAUCUUGAUGCAAAACAAUAGCAGCACACUGCCGCACCAGACAUCCAACCCCAACGAUCAUGUGCACUUUAGCCCUGCGAACGACUUUUCAUGGCUUGAUCUCGAGGCUGUUGGGGACUUUGUCUCAGGCGACCAGAUGUCGGGAACGAACACGCUCCCACUAAUCACAUUCCAGAACCCUGAUCUAUUCACUACAGGACAGGAUCGACCCCAGACAUGGCAGGUACCGACAUGGUCGGGCGACAUGAGCAGUAACCUUCUGUUUUAGAAGAAUCGAGGAUUGCCGAAUGGCAGCGAGUGUGAUUGCAAGGCGGGAAUGAUUUGACGCGAAAUGGGCAUUAUUGACGCAAUGGAGGCCAGGGCACCGGGGUAUAUUUCCGUAUUGGGCCUGUACGGGCCGUAUCAACCAGCUUUACGACUUACACACAGGCUUGACCACCGCCGCCCGUCCGUUUCCUUCACCCCCACUGUUCAAUG